ACACCAGUAUCUCUGCCCGAAACGACUCGCGAAACGACAGAAGAAGUUUCUUGGACAACAUCGGGAGAAACUAUUGCUACAACGCCAGUUAGUGAGGCCACAAUUACAGAACACACAGAUGUUCCCCAGAAGACUACAGAAGAAUCUACAAUUACUACUGCUGGCGAAACAACUGCCGGCGAUGCCCAUAUAACCACUGAUAUCACAGCUGAGACGGAAAGCACUCCGACAACCGAAGAGAUAUCCAGUGUAGAGUAUUCUACAGCUUCGAAUCCAACGGAUGGGACAACUGAUAUCUCGCCGGACAAUUAUGCUUCAACCACGAAUUAUCCGACACAAACCACAGGAGAAGAAUCUACACUUAGUACCGCCGCAGAGACGACGACCCAGACUGUUUCUGUUACUUAUAAUAACACAACAGAGAUAGAAAACCCGACUUCAACGACAGAAGUAUCCUACAACGCCUCAACCAGUGAAGAGCCUUCAACAACCUCGAACCCCACUGAUUUCACAACUGAUAUUUCCACGGGCAGCAAAGAUACAACCACAGAGCAGACUACUUUUUCAACCGUUACUAAACCAACAGAGACAGAAACCACGCCAUCGACGACGGAGAUGACCACUGAAAAUUCAACAACCACUACAACGUCAUCAUAUGGAACUACGAAAUCUACAACCACUGAAGAAACAACUCCAUUGUUAACCUCAACUUCGACCGAAACAUCAAAUGGAACAACCGCUAUAACCCCACAAGCAUGCGAAACUUUGCCAACCGGCACAUUCCUGCCCGAUCCCGAUCACUGUAGUCGUUAUUAUGUUUGCACAUUCGGUCGAGCCAUAUUGAUGCAUUGUCCACACCCACUUUGGUUCGAUACCAGGUUAAAUGUGUGCAACUAUCCAGAAAAUGUUACGUGUGCAGCAAAUAAAGACUGGAUGAUUUUCAAUUCACUACUUUUUGCAUCUAUCGGGUGUCUUUCCGCAUUUGUGGUUGCACAAUCACUAUCCCAAUCGGAUAGUUGCCUAAAUAAACUGCCAAUGCCGACUAAGUAUGAUCCUGAGGAUUGCAAUGGAUACUUUGCACUUUUCAACGAUCAAUACAUACAGGAAUAUUGCCCGCCAGGCGCUAAAUAUAGUGUGCCUUUGAGUUGUUGUGUAAUCGGCCGUUGUCCACCAUGUAAUUGUUCAAGUAUCGAGGAAUCAACAACGGCUUCAGACUCCUGUGGCACAACUGGUUUUAUGACUACAAGUGAAACAACACCAACAAGUGGCAUUACAAAGAACAGCACAGAAACUACAACACCAGUAUCUCUGCCCGAAACGACUCGCGAAACGACAGAAGAAAUUUCUUGGACAACAUCGGGAGAAACUAUUGCUACAACGCCAGUUAGUGAGGCCACAAUUACAGAACACACAGAUGUUCCCCAGAAGACUACAGAAGAAUCUACAAUUACUACUGCUGGCGAAACAACUGCCGGCGAUGCCCAUAUAACCACUGAUAUCACAGCUGAGACGGAAAGCACGCCGACAACCGAAGAGAUAUCCAGUGUAGAGUAUUCUACAGCUUCGAAUCCAACGGAUGGGACAACUGAUAUCUCGCCGGACAAUGAUGCUUCAACCACGAAUUAUCCGACACAAACCACAGGAGAAGAAUCUACAUUUAGUACCGCCGCAGAGACGACGACCCAGACUGUUUCUGUUACUUAUAAUAACACAACGGAGAUAGAAAACCCGACUUCAACGACAGAAGUAUCCUACAACGCCUCAACCAGUGAAGAGCCUUCAACAACCUCGAACCCCACUGAUUUCACAACUAAUAUUUCCGAGGGCAGCAAAGAUACAACCACGGAGCAGACUACUUUUUCAACCGCUACUAAUCCAACAGAGACAGAAACCACGCCAUCGACGACGGAGAUGACCACUGAAAAUUCAACAACCACUACAACGUCAUCAUAUGGAACUACGAAAUCUACAACCACUGAGGGAACAACUCCAUUGUUAACUUCAACUACGACCGAAACAUCAAAUGGAACAACCGCUAUAACCCCACAAGCAUGCGAAACUUUGCCAACCGGCACAUUCCUGCCCGAUCCCGAUCACUGUAGUCGUUAUUAUGUUUGCACAUUCGGUCGAGCCAUAUUGAUGCAUUGUCCACACCCACUUUGGUUCGAUACCAGGUUAAAUGUGUGCAACUAUCCAGAAAAUGUUACGUGUGCAGCAAAUAAAGACUGAUCCUUCGUAAAUUUCAUACACAGGCAGCCUUUUCACUAUAUGUAUGUAUAUGCUUUUAAAU